AUGAAUGCUGAAAAGUCAAAUGACAAAGCAAAGAAUGGCUUGAAUUCUACCUUACUUAUACGGGAUGAAAAUGGAAAUAGCUACUCAUGUGACAGAGCUACACCUUCCUCAAAGAACUGUGCCACCAAGAUACAUGGUAACUCAUCUGACCAAAAUAUAGUGACUGAGAAUGAAGUUUACACUGUUCUUGAAAGUCAGAGUGAUGUCACAAGUUUUCUUUUAAAACAGCAGUGUAUUGAAGCACUUAAUCUGCAGAAGACACCUGAUAAAUAUGACUGCACAGGAGCUCUGUUGGAAGCUGGAGAUGCUGCAUGCAGGUCUUCUGUGACUGAACAGACUUCCAUUUAUCCUUUGAACUGUGACUUGAAAGAAACAGCAAACUUCCAGAAAGGCGAUGUUGCUGUGGAAAAAAUGCAAAAUCAGAGUAUCAAACCAUCUGUGCCUUACAGUCAGACUGACUUUAAGUGUGUAUUACCUCUUCCUGCGUCAGGGCAGAACAUGCAGUCCCUUUUGAAGGACAGGGCACAUUGUCACCUGAGCAUAUUGGAUGCUACUAAUGUUAUAGGUGAAACUCAGGAAACUGAUCAAGAUGACAUGCACCUGAGGAAAACUCUUAUCUCUUCUCAAGCAUGUAUGAGAGAGAGGUUUGGUAGAACUAGCUCAGGAAGAACACCUAAUUUCCACUCUACAAUAGUGGCUUCAGAAAGCCCAGACGAUGCCGAUUCAGAACUUGAAGUGUGUUGUCCUGCCUCUGCAGGUGUUGAACACCAUCUAAAAAACACUGACAAGAUUGAUAAAGAAUCACAGGAAACAGAAGCACAGUACAUAAAACUAGCUGCUGGGUGUAUAGAACCCUACAGGCAAGAUGCAUUAUCGCCAGGCAUUAAGAUAAAUGAAGAUGGCCAAGUGAAAUCCUUUCAGGAUACCCCUGAACAUGAUGAACCUAGGAAUUUCAAUGCUGAAACAUGCAUGGGUAGUCCUGCAAAUAAUGUGCACCUUCUCCUGGAAGAUAAAAUGAAUGGAGAACAAGUAUCAAAGAAAACCAGUGAAUCCUUAACCAAAGAGCAAAGUGUCUUUGAAAAUGUUGCUCUUCAGGAUAUGCACAUCUCUUCCUUAUCUUGCAGUGUACCAAAAUUGAAGAGGACUGUAAUGCCUGACCUGAAAUGUGAAGCAACUUUUUUGGUCUUCAGUCCCAUGGCUGAUGAAAGUAAUGCUGCUGUAUGUACUUCAACCCCCAAAGAACAAUCAAAAAAUACGACUUUCUGUCUUUCAGCAUUGUCAGAGCUUGGAGACAAGACUCCUAAACUAAGAUCCAAUGGCGCAUUUGUAGGAGACCACAACAGAAGGCCUUUGCUUAAAGCUAAUUCAGGUCAGACUGCAGGAAAACCAGUGGGCAAGUCUCCUGUUGUGUCAACAAUAACCAAAGCAAAGAAAUCGGAGAUUGUUAGUUUUCCCAAACCUAAUUUCAAAAACGUGAAGCCAAAGGUUAUGUCUAGGCCUGUGCUACAGUCAAGAGAUAGUGCAUCAUUAAAACAGUCCCCCCAGGCCCCACAGUUAUCGGCUGUCUCCUCAUCUUCGCCGGCUACUCCCCCAAGGCAAUUGUCCCCCUCUAUGAAAGUGCUGAAAAAGAAAGUAGAUCUAACUAAAGACACUAAAGUGGAAUUGCCUGGGAGUAAGCCCCAUAAGCUAAAUCUUAACAAACACCUCAUCACUAGCCAAGUUGUACGUGCUACAGCACAUCCCAGAAAUGCUUCCCACAAGGCUUCCAAGACACCUGUGUUAAAGCAGGUUCCGGAAGACACUGGCAAAGCAAUCUCUACCCAUUCAGCAUGCUCCUCAGUUUCUGCAGUGCUUCCAAAGUGCAUAGAGAACUCAAAAGAGAUGCUAAAUGAUAAAAUGGAAAGUUCAGACUCUUCAGUGUAUUCAUGUGCUCAAAACACCUACCUGACCGGAGGUGAAAAAGAACAAAGAAGCAACAUGGGAAUUCUGGAAGGAACCUUGUUAAAAGAUGUGGCAAAUGAAACGCUUGAGCUGCAUUCUGCUCCUUUGAUGCCUUCUGUGAAAGAUGGGACAACACCAGAGAAAAACACACUGAAGAAAGGCCCAAUCACACUACGAAGGGUAUCAACUCCCAAGGUUAAAAUGGUGCCAUCUGUGUUGCCCUUGAAGAGAGGAUGUGAAAGUAAAACUAUGAGUACCAUGAAAGCACCUUCUCACAAAGGAGCUGUUCUGUCAUCAAGCUCUGGUGUAGGAUCUUUACCAGGAGAGAAGCAUGCCUCCGUGAAAAAUUCUCCAGCUUCCUGGGCUAGCUCCAGUAAACUGCUAGCCAAAUCCAAAGUGCCUGUCAAAAGAACUGUGCUUGAGAGAACACCUAGCAUCUCAUCAGUCAGCAGCACUCAGAGUGAGAGAAGUCUUUUCAGCAGUAACUCUGCAAGUACCACAGUCAUCAUCAAGAAUGGAGAAUGGCCUUCAAAACCAGCCUGCCAAAAUGGUACCUCGGGAUCUGUGCCUUUGAAAGCAGUACCAAGACCUAGAUUACACUCGUUGAAGUCAACUCCAAAAGGAGCCAAGGCCAGGCCUACUUCACUGAACCAAUGCAUACCAAAAUCAGCUGGACCACUGCAUUCAGCAAGGAGAGUCAGUGAGGCUAGAGGUACUUUUGGAAGAAAUAGACACCAAAGCUUAUCUUGUUGGGGUUCUGUUGACAAAGGCAAGGAGCGAAGUCCCAAGAGCUCAUGCAUACAGACUCAAGCAGUCACAGAUGUGCAUUUGCCUGGCACGAAAACAGCUGAGUUGACACAUUACAAAACAACAUGUGAGACCCAGAAUGGAAUCAUCCUGCAGCUGAAAAAACUCCUCACAAGCAGUAACCUGAAGUUUGAAGCAUUAACAGUUGUGAUCCAGCACCUGCAGUCUAAGAGAGAUGAAGUACUGAAACAGCAUGAAGACUUAUCUCAAGAACUACUUAACCUUCGAGGAGAACUAGCAACCACUUCUGCAACUUGUGAGAAACUGGAGAGAGACAGAAAUGAACUUGAAAUUGCUCAUGAAGGAUUUUUGCAGAAGCUAAACCAGCAACAUCAGAAUGAUUUAGCUGAGCUGGAGGAGAGGCUUAAAGAGUUUUACACUGCAGAAUGUGAGAAACUCCAAAGUAUCUGCAUUGAAGAAGCUGAAAAGUACAAAGCGCAACUCCAGGAGCAGGUGGACAACUUAAAUGUCACACAUGAAAACAUUAAGCUGGAACUUGAAAACAAACACUCAGAAAAAGUAGAGGAGCUGAAAAAGGAGUAUGAAUCCUCUUUUUCAGAGCUCAAGAGUGCCCAUGAAUCUGAAAGGACAUUGCUUGAAGAUUCCUUUAAAGAGAAGCAGGAGUUGCUAGAGAAAGAAAUCAACGAAUUAAAAUGUGAAAACAAUUCUCUGAGUGAGAAGUUGGAAUUGGAAAAGCAAAAACAAAUAGCCAAAGAAAAAGCCAAUCUUAAGCACCCCCAGAUAAUGUAUCUGGAACAGGAGCUGGAAAGUUUGAAAGCAGUGCUGGAGAUCAAGAAUGAGAAACUUCAUGAGCAGGAUAUAAAGCUAAUGAAGAUGGAAAAACUGCUGGAGAACAAUGCAAUCUUAACAGACAAAAUAAAGAAGGUUCAGCAAGAAAAUGAGGAAUUAAAAGCUCGGAUGGACAAACACAUGGAGCUUUCAAGGCAGCUUUCUACAGAGCAAGCUGUUCUGCAGGAGUCACUAGAGAAGGAAUCUAAAGUGAACAAACGCCUGUCAAUGGAAAAUGAAGAACUUCUGUGGAAGCUGCACAAUGGUGACCUAUGCAGUCCAAGGAAACUGUCUCCCAGCUCUCCAUCUGUGCCUCUUCAGUCCCCACGGAAUUCUGGUAACUUCUCUAGUCCCACAGUAUCACCAAGAUGACAUCUCUUGAGAGAAGGAGGGGAAUGCAUUUCAUUUGUGAUCUGCAGAACUGAUCAUAGCUGACUAUGACGACUCAACAAAACUGGAAACUACUUGGUGCAAAAAUGGUGAUAAAAGACUGAGAAUAUGGGAGAAAGACGCUUGUGUUGCUCCUCCCAAAAAGACUUGUUUAUGACCUCUACAGACAUUGUUGCACAAAGCACUUACAGAGCAAGGAAAGACUUGUUCAAUUGCCUUUUCACCUAACUAUAAGAAAAAGCUCAGGGGCUUAGAGACAAAGAUCACAACCUUUAUACUAUGUUCGUUCUCACAGACACUUUUUUAAGGCUGUGUGUGUGCGUGUGCUGUGGAUGGAAUGGAUGUAACACACUGUGCGUGUGUCUAAUGUUGCCUUCUUUGCUGUGUUAAUAAAGGAUAAAAGCUGGAGACUAUA